CUAGAAUUGAAUUGAGGUACACAUUCACAGGAAAAGAGAAACGAAAGGAGGCCACAAGAUUCUGAUUCUCAACACACACACACGAUAAUAUACAGUGGAACCUACAACCGCAACAAUGUCCAGCUUCAUCUCUCUUUCUCUGCGAUCCCUCUGCCAUUGCCAUGGCCUGCUUUGCGCCAGUUCGACCUCUCUUCACCCAUAAACACUCUCUGUAUCACACUCGUAAACCCCAACUGAAGGGCUCAACACUUCUCUUCUCCUCAUCGUCCAUUACCCCACUUCUAGUUUCAUCAUUCAGCGCCAAUCUACAUGCCCGAUUCCGUGGCCCAGCGUCUCCCUCUGGUUCCAAGCUUGGGCUCAUCGCUAAGGUUGGUGGUGAUCAGGCUGAUUAUUUGUCCGGGGUGGAAGAAACCAAGUCGCUUGGUUCUGACGCAGCCAGUGCAGAACAGUUUUCUUGGUCUUCUGUCAUUUUGCCGUUCUUGUUCCCAGCCUUGGGAGGUUUGUUGUUUGGAUAUGACAUUGGUGCCACCUCUGGAGCUACCAUCUCCUUGCAGUCACCAGAGCUUAGUGGCACAACUUGGUUUAACAUUUCUGCCGUCCAACUUGGUCUUGUGGUUAGUGGUUCUCUUUAUGGAGCUCUUCUUGGUUCCCUCCUUGUGUACCCAAUUGCAGAUUUUCUCGGGCGGAGGAGGGAGCUUAUUAUAGCAGCUGUACUAUAUGCAGUUGGUAGCCUGAUCACUGCUUAUUGCCCUGAUCUGGGUGUUCUUUUGGCGGGAAGACUUCUCUAUGGCCUUGGUAUUGGUCUGGCCAUGCAUGGGGCUCCUCUUUAUAUAGCAGAAACAUGCCCAUCUCAGAUUCGUGGAACUUUAGUAUCUUUAAAGGAACUGUUUAUAGUCCUAGGAAUUCUGUUGGGGUAUUUAGUUGGAAGCCUUCGGAUUAAUACGGUUGGAGGGUGGCGAUACAUGUAUGGACUUAGUGCACCGGUUGCUUUAUUAAUGGGAUUAGGAAUGUGGGUGCUCCCACCAUCGCCUCGUUGGUUACUUCUCAGGGCGGUUCAAGGUAAAGCGCCUUUACAAGAUUCAAAAGAGAAAGCCAUUGAGGCCUUGAGUAAACUUAGAGGACGACCUCCUGGUGAUAAAGUAUCCGAAAGUCAAAUAGAAGAAACGUUUCUCUCCCUGAAAUCUGCCUAUUCUGAGCAGGAAUCUGAAGGUAGUAUCUGGGAGGUUUUUCAAGGCCCAAGUUUGAAAGCCUUCAUCAUUGGUGGAGGUUUGGUUCUCUUUCAGCAGAUAACUGGACAGCCAAGCGUUUUAUAUUAUGCAGGUUCCAUUCUUCAGAAUGCAGGAUUUGCUGCUGCCUCCGAUGCUACUAGAGUAUCAGUUGUGAUAGGGGUGUUUAAGUUACUUAUGACUUGGAUAGCUGUUCUAAAAGUUGAUGAUCUUGGAAGAAGACCCCUGCUCAUUGGAGGUGUCAGUGGAAUUGCAGUUUCCUUGCUUCUUCUUUCAGCUUACUACAAAUUUCUUGGUGGAUUCCCCAUUGUUGCUGUAGCUGCCCUGCUUCUAUAUGUUGGCUGCUACCAGAUAUCCUUUGGACCAAUCAGUUGGCUUAUGGUGUCAGAAAUAUUUCCACUCCGAACUAGAGGGAAAGGAAUCAGUCUUGCAGUUCUUACUAAUUUUGGUUCAAACGCCAUUGUCACAUUUGCAUUUUCUCCACUGAAGGAAUUGCUUGGAGCAGAAAACCUUUUCCUUCUUUUUGGUGGUAUUGCAUUGCUUUCACUUCUUUUCGUAUCUCUUCAAGUUCCCGAGACCAAAGGUCUUAGUCUGGAAGAAAUAGAAUCCAAAAUCUUGAAGUGAUAUACACCAUACUUCUCGCUUGGAGAUCUGACACGACCAGUCAUUGCUGCGAUUCAAGAGAUCUUGUUGAUCAAUUGAAUAGGCAGUCUCAAAUUGAAUAGGUGUAUUCAUGCUUUUCUCCCUUCUUGAAAUGUGUAUAUCUAAAUAUUUUUACCAGUAUGAUUGAAAUUCAUCAACUUUCUGUA